AUGCGCUCCCUCUCGCCUAACGACCGGCGUCGACCGUCGUUUGGAGCUGCACCCCAGGUUGCGGGGCGGCUCUCAGCGUCGCCUCCCACCGACCCAAUACAGCCGGACAAUGCUGUCCUGGAGGAUGAAGAAGCCUCUCCGGUCGCACAGGAUUCCUCGAUGUUGGAUGUGACGGUCCCCCAGUUGCUGCAACAAGGUGUACCGAUGCUGAAGGUGUCAGCUAAGAAACAGAAACGGUACGUAUUCAAGCUGGACCCCGACCAAGGCCAGAUUGUCUGGCAGUCGAAGAAGCUGCGUAUCAUUUACAUCGAGAACAUCAAGGAACUACGGGAGGGCGCUGACGCGCGCUAUUACCGCGAGCAGUUCCAGAUAUCGCCGUCGUUUGAGGACCGAUGGCUCACCAUCGUAUAUGUGCUCGACGGACGUUACAAGACGCUGCACCUGCUCGCGGCGACGCGUGAUGUCUUCCAGAUGUGGGACCUCACGCUGCGCCGGCUGUAUGCGAUUCGACAGAAGCUCAUGAGCGGCCUAGGACAUACGGAGGUGCGCCAGGCGGUCUGGGAGAAGCAGUUCUGGAAGGGCGAGUCGGGCACGGACCAGAGGCUCGAGUUUGAGGAGGUCGAGCGGAUGUGCAGGAGGCUGAAUAUCAACCCGAGCAGAGAUGAUCUGUUGCGGAGGUUCAAGGAAGUCGACCUUCAGGGCCGAGGCUACCUCGACUUUGCCGAUUUCCAACGUUUUGUCAAGGCGCUCAAGGCGCGGCCUGAGAUCGACAGUUUGUAUGAGCGGAUCGCAGGUGGUAGUGGUGGGACUGUCACAUAUGAAGCCUUCGAGAGGUUCAUGCGUACAUGUCAGAAGUCAUCGUUGAGUGCCAACGAGCUACAGCGCAUCUUCUUGCGGUACGCCUCGUCGAUAGACGACCGCGGUACCUCUCCACCAUCCUCGCCCUUCCAGACUUCGUUGGAACUAGCCGUGCAAUCUGCCUCGGUGAUGAGGGAAGCCGGGCCGUCCGGCGGACACACUGACCCUACAGGUAGCUCACCACGCCCUUCAUCUUCCAUCGGCACGCCCUCAUCCGGGAUAUCGACAUCCAACUCUGGGCUUACUGUCGAGACUGCGGUGAUGUCACUCAAGGGCUUCACAACCUUCCUGCUGUCUACCGACAACUCGGCGUUUGCGGACCAGCACGGAAAGAUCUACCAUGACAUGACGCGCCCUCUGUCUGACUAUUAUGUUUCAUCAUCACAUAACACGUACCUGGUUGGCCAUCAACUCGUAGGAGAGAGCACGAUUGAAGGGUACAUCCGCGCAUUGCUGCACAGCUGCAGGAGUGUCGAGCUUGACAUUUAUGACGGCGACAUUGAGCCCGUCGUGUACCACAAGCAUACGCUCGUCUCGAAGGUGUCUCUGCGCGACGCGUGUGCUGCGAUCAACAAGUACGCGUUCGUCGCCUCGCCGUACCCGAUCAUCAUCUCGGCAGAGGUACACUGCUCGUUGUCGCAGCAAGAGCUCAUCGCGAGCAUCAUGCAAGAGGAGUUUGGAACCGCACUCGUGAGCGCACCAAUUGAUGGGAGACCAAGACUGGAAUAUCUACCCAGCCCGGAAGACCUGAAAGGGUGUAUCCUGCUGAAGGCAAAGAACCUGUUCGUGACGACGGACCAGGAGGGUAUGCAGGAGAAGGAGAUUGUAGUAGAUGCUGAGUUGUCCUCGACUGAGACAUCGUCCGCUUCUGAGCUGGAGGAGCUGAAGGAAUGGCGGACUACGCACAUGAAGGAGCUCAGGUCUGAGUUCAAGAAAGCCCGUGCAGUCCUUGGAGGCUCUCCGCGUGCAGACGCGCGUCAGCUCCCUCCCCCGUAUCAACCUCCGCAGAAAGUGAAGAUGUCGCUCUCCCUCGUCGCGCUCCUCGUCUACACCGUCGGCGUCAAGUGUCGUGGACUCAACAAGAAGGAAGUGUACGCGCCGGAGCACCUGUUCUCGCUGUCGGAGGGAACGACGAACCGGAUCAUGAAGCAGGGCAUGCUAGACUUGAUCAAGCACAAUCGCACACACUUAGUCAGGAUCUAUCCCAAGGGCACGCGCAUUGGCUCGACGAACUUUGAGCCCCAUCGGUUCUGGUCAGCGGGGUGCCAGCUAGUGGCGAUCAACUGGCAGACGUUCGACCUGGGCUACAUGAUCAACCGUGCGAUGUUCCAGCGUAACGGGCGCGCGGGCUACGUCCUCAAGCCGCUUGCCCUUCGCUCGAACGACAAGCACCUCCUCGGAAGACACACAAGUCACCGUCUCGAGGUGACCAUCAUUUCUGCGCAACAGCUACCCCGGCCGAAGGACUCGUCCGGACGCGACGUCAUCGACCGGUCCACCGUGGACCCUUUCAUUGAGGUUUCCUUGCACAUCCCCGACUGGACGGAGGCACCGCACCAUGUCCCCCCGCCGCCGCUGCCACGCUCCCGGCGUACGUCGCAAACUGCACCGGACACGCCGCCCGCGGAUGUGAAGGACCCGCUGACGGCGGUUACCUCUGCGCGCACGGUCGUGCAGCGGACGGUCGUAGUGAAGAACAACGGGUUCAACCCGGUGUGGGAGCAGCAGCUGAGCAUACCGUUCGACGUGACGGGCGAGAUGCAGGAGUUGAUCUUCGUGCGAUUCGCCGUGAAGCAGGAGGGCCUCGCGGACGAGGAGCCGCUGGCGGUGUAUUGCGCGAGUCUGGGGAGCCUGAAUAUGGGCUAUCGACACCUGCCGCUUCACGACGCCCAACUCUCGCAGUACCUGUUCUCUACGCUCUUCGUCAAGCUUGACAUCCUCGACGCCUAG